CGAGACUAUGUGGUCGAAGUACCGCGAUAGCAUGGCUGAGUUACAAAUCGCCUUCUCAUUGGUCUGAAGGUACUGUGUAAAAUGGCGCCCAGCGAAAUAUGAGCAGCCAUGAAAAAGAAAAACUACAGUUAGCCAUCCCAGAAAAAUCACGAAAAAUAAAGAAUUAAGCAGCCACAAAGACACAAUAGUAGCGCUUCACCUCCCCGUUGCCUGGAAGAGGAACGCUGUCUCGAAAGCAGAGAAGGGCUUGUGAGCGGCCCGACCCUCGGCCCUGCUGAAGAAGAGAGAUACUCCUGUAAAGAGGGCACUGAGCAGCAAUGAAUAACUCUCUGGAGGGUACAGGCUCCUAUGAGGAGCUGGUGAGGCAGAAAGCUCGGAGCAUCCCUCAGCAUCGCAUGAAGGAGUUCCUUGAGUCAUUGGCCAACAAAGGUCCAGAUGCCUUGCAGGAGUUCAGCCAGCAAAGCGGAGACACUACAACCACCACCACCACUAUGGUUUACCAGCAGGAGGCUAAUUGCAUCUACACAGACAGCACAGAGGUGGCAGGAUCCUUGCUGGAACUGGCUUGUCCGGUUCAGGUGCAGGUUCAGCCGCAGCAGCAACAGAUACAAGAGUCCACAUCACAUCAGCAAUCUAUUCAGCAGAAUACAGAGCAACAGAUAGUGCAGGUUCAGAUCCAGGGCCAUCAGCAAGGUCAGAUGUUGAGUCAGGUCCUUCAAGUGCCCUCUGGGUCACAGCUGAUUCAGCCUGGGGAUCUCACAGAGGAGCAGCACCAACAGUUUCAAGCCCAAUUGGUGGCAGCUGUUGCAGGAGGACAACAGAUCCAAAUUCAGACAGUGGGGGCGCUCUCUCCCACCCAGCAACAGGACAGUACAGAGAGAAGGAUAUUGGGAACCACGGUUGCUACAACCCAGGGAGCUGGUGUCCUCCAACCAGCCAAGAAGCGUAAGGUGGACAUGCCCAUCACCGUGUCCUAUGCUUUGCCUGGUCAACAGGUAGCUACAGUCCUGGCCAUCCCACAGGGGCAGGGCCAGCAGCAAAGUUACGUAUCCCUGCGGCCAGACCUCCUAACAGUGGACAGUUCUCAUCUAUACAGUGCUACAGGUACCAUUACCAGUCCCACUGGGGAAACAUGGACCAUCCCCGUGUAUUCUGCUCCCACUGGCUCCGGAGGCCGUGAACAAGUGACACACAUUGCCAUCCCCCAGGAGGCUUAUGGAACAGUGCAGGUCACAGGGGCGAACACCACAACAAUGACCACAUUGCCGACACAAGUCACUAUUGAAAACGACAAGAUGAAAAACCAGACCAGUCAGAGUCAGACAGUGCAGGCUGUUUCCAGCAUAACAAGUUCUGCAGGAAUGGGGGGCCACGAAGAAGUGGUGCACACACUGUCCGCCAACACGCUGUUCCCUGCCCAGCUGAUGAAUGGAAACAUCCACAUCCCCGUGGCGGUGCAGGGUUACCCUAAUGCUACACAGUCUCUCAUCUGGGACCCUCAGCAGCAGGUGUUGCACACCCAAGGGCUGACCGGACAGGAAGCACAGCAGCUCCAGGCUCAGACAGUGGUAGCAGAGAUAGAUGGAGGCCAACAGCACGUGCAGGUGCAGGAGCUGCUGCUGCCUGCCAUACUGAAGCCAGAAGAGGGGCUCGACGUGUGGCGGCUUUGGGCUCAGCGGAAAAACGCAGAGUUGGAGAAAUCAGAGAGUACUAAACUGGCUCCAAUAGGCAGACGUCAGGCUUUACGUUUCCAGGAGGACUUGGUGUCAUGUGCAGUCGCUGAGCUCUGCAUGGGUCUCUCUUUGAUGACAACAGACGCCCGGGGGUUGGAAGGGGAAUCUUAUGAGGCUGAUGUUCUUUACUAUGUAUUUCUGUGCAUACAAAAAUAUCUGUUUGACAAUGGUCGCGUGGAUGACGUUUUCUCAGAUCAGUACUACACUCGCUUCGCUCACAGUCUGCACCAGAUCCUGGAGCCUUGGAGACCAGCUGUUCAUCCAUUAGGUUACAUUAUUCCCAGUCAUGUGACAGAGGAGAUGCUGUGGGAAGGUAAACAGCUGGGAGCUCAUUCACCCUCAACACUGCUCACAACUCUAAUGUUCUUCAACACAAAAUAUUUCCACCUAAAAACAGUGGAUCAGCAUCUGAAAGUGGCCUUUUCUAAGGUGCUCAGACACACCAGGAAAAGUCCUAACAACCCCAAAGACAAGAGCACCAGCAUCCGCUAUCUCAAGUCCACAGAGAGGUUUAUAGGCCAGAAAGUGACAGAUGACAUGUACUCGGAGCAGCUGGAGGAUCCAGAGAACCCGCUGCGAUGCCCCAUCAAACUCUAUGAUUUCUACCUCUUCAAAUGUCCACAGAGUGCUAAAGGUCGCAAUGACACCUUCUACCUGACUCCCGAGCCCGUGGUCGCCCCCAACAGCCCCAUCUGGUACUCGACUCAGCCGAUCCCAAAGGAGCAGCUGGAGCAGAUGCUUUCUCGCAUCCUCGCCGUGCGUGAAAUCCAGGAAAUCAUUAACUUGUCAGAGAGCGUGCACUAGUUUGACCGCAGGAGAACCAUAUAAACGGACUAGACUCUCCCCCUCUUUCUCGUCACCCAGCCUUUGAUUGCUCAUUAUCGCCAGUAGUUUUUAUAUUCUUACCAUCUUGUGGUCUGUAAGGGUGGCAUGUAUAUGUUUAUAAUCAUUAUAUCUUACACCCAUGGACUGUACAUACACAAACCCACAACGCAGAUGAUCAUUUGCCUUACUGAGGCUGUCGCUCAGAAGUCUUUUUUUGUUUGUUUUUGGCCAAACGAUGUGUUGUCUUAUCUUUUUAUUGGACCUAAACUCUAAUUUAAAUAUUAUUUUAGCUGUUGUUUCUGUUCACCAAUAGUAAUAAGGCAAUUGUUGAUUUUCUUUGUCUUUUGUUUUUAAUCUGUAAUAUAACUCAAAUCUAUUUUCACUAGGGUUGGCCUGCACUAUUGUUUUUCCUUAGACUACAUUCAGACUUGGUAUUAACAUCCGUCCAGGCAGAGGACAUGUGGCCACAUUCCUGAGCUGCAGGAACACAAAUCUGUCCUCAGGAUGGAUUAGAGACUGCCUUCCAACCUGAAGUCCUCUGAUCCACGUUUAUUUGCAGCCAUUUCCACAAUAUUACCACUGGUCACCAUUUAUUUCUUUUUUCUACUCUGGCAUGAGUAGAGCUUCGAUUCACUUCAGACUUGUUAAAGACACAAUUUUAUGGGAAGCCAGAUCUGAUCAUAUGUGGUCACAGUAGUCCAACUCAAGGUUGUUCAUAUGCAAUCAAAUCACAGAGGAUGGAUGUUAGUACCAGCUCUGAUGUUGUUCAUUGUUGUCUGCUUUGGUCGCUGUAAAGUCUCACAGCGAAUACUUCAGUGGUCCUAAGACACCAUUAAGUAACCAAACGAGUGUGAAUUCAUCUUUUGCAUUUCACUUGUCUGUCUUGAGCGGAGGUCACGUGUGUUCACACCCAACAGUGGCACAGAAUCCCAUCAGGAUAUUACUCCAGUAAUGAACUCUAUUGCUCAAGUGUCACUUAUUCGACCUGCAGCUACACGCACUUGCCACAUGGUGGAGAUGUGGCAGAGUGAGGGGCUGAGGAAGCAGACUGCUGCUGCUGCUGGACCCUCCUGUCCUCUCACCCUCAGUACAACCCCAAAACUCACCCGCAGAGGGAUCUCUUGUAUCAUAACAUGUUUAUUACACGGACGGAUGAAAGAAGAAGUGGAAUAGCCCUUGAUAUUCUAUACUCUAUAAUAGUCAUGGCUCCUCUAUGUAUUAUUAAGGGUUUUCAGCCAUGUGAAGGAGGAACGGCAGUGCCUGUGUGUUUUUGAAACAUGACCUUUUUGUACAGCCACGA